GUAACAUAUAAGAAAAUGAAAAGUAAAACAACAAAAAACGUAGAUAACAGAGACUCUGUAAAGGGGAAGAGGCAGAGACUCAAACGGUUAUUGAAGAAGAUGGAGAGGAAGAAUAAAAAAGAGAAGAAGGAAGUAGGGGGAGAAGGAAGAAGAAAGAUUCAGCCAACUUUCUCUGGCGACGAUCUUUGUCCUAACAGUGUCCGACGAUUAUCAUCGGCACAUCGGCAAUGAACACAUCGGAUCUCAGAUCUAUAAUGACGAGAAGAAUUACUCCAGCUUAUUCUCCAAUUCAAACAUUGUGGGGAUGUUCAUUGAUAGCGAAGUUAAACACUGUUGGGAUGUUCAUGGAGAGCUGCCUUUUGGUUUUCUUUCUCAUUCUGCACUUACUCGUCUUCCUCUUAGUGCUUUUCUUGUUGAGGCGGAAGCGCUGGUAAGAAGUUGCAGCAGGCGGCGGUUCGAUGUGCGGUGGCAGCGUGAUGUGUGGCGGCGUGAUGUAUGACCAUACGGGAGGUCGCUGCAUCUGUAAAGGCUAGCGGCAGUCAACUAGUUAAGGCCUGGGGUUAUUUUUGUCCCGCACGGAAAAAGUAGUCCUAUUUAGGAUUAAAAAAACUCGAAGUCCUAUUUGGGUUCCAGGCUCAUGUUUUGGUCUUAUUUAGGUCUUUCUCCCCUAAAAGUGCAUAAGAAUCGGGGAUAUGUUCAACACUGUGGACAUCAUCAAUCGAAACCAGCUCAAUAUCGACUUGUAGUAAUGCACCCGAGAUGGAGGUUCUCGUUUCACAAUAAAGAUUAUUCCCAUCAAAGGGUAGAAAUUCCAAGUCAUUGGAAGCCACCUCAUCAGAGAAAACCUUACCUGAAGUGUAUGUCCAACAACCCCUCCUUUUGCAGAGAAAACCUCACCAGCCCGUGUUUUUGCAUCGAUUUCCUUCAACAAUGCAAUUGUUUUUGCAAUUCCUGUAAGAAAAAGAUGAAUCCCCUGCCCGUUCCAUCCCUCGGGUAUAAAUAGAGAGCUGCUUCCUGUUUCAAUGAUUUGGAUAAAACCCCAAAGUAAUUUUCAUCAUACCGAACUAUAGGUGAUUUAUUCAGCUCUAACUUACUACAAGAUUUAUUAUCAGAAAAAAAUCUUGAUAAUGGAAUCCUUUAGCCAAGUAAGCCUAGCAAAAUCAAAGUCCAAUAUAGAUGAAAUUCCUUCUUUUGUUUCAGAAAUGCGAAUAGAAGCGCUGUCAAUAACUUUAAAUCGAAAGAAUUUACUUUCAAUGACGAACUCAUCUGUGACAAUGGGAACGGAUAGGAAAUCACCCCCUCCAACUUCCCACCUUGAAACCCAACUGAGCUACCAUGUCGGUGUAGGGGAUUCCAAAACUGCCGCUUCGAAGGCCAGAGUCGACUACGAGCUCCAAUCGAAGAAACCUGAGAUUCCCAGAAAUUUCUUCCAGCAAAUUCUGCCCCAUGUGUAGUCACAGGUUCUCUGUUCUGCAAAAGGCGCCGCCGUGCCUGGUUGCCGGAGGAGAAACGGGAUGAAACCUCCCCAGAUUGGUGCCAGACUCUUGAAGGCUUGAAAGCACGCUUCUCCCAUGGGAUGUCACCGCCGCGACGAUGAGAACCCCAUCGCGAGUCAAAACUGCUCCAAUGCCUUGUCCCUGUCAAUAGUCCAAUGUCCAACAUGUCGUCACCGAUCAAAAGUUUCACGGUUUUGUGAUUAGUUG